GUUUAACGUUCACAACAGCCCAUUACACAAUAGCUCAUCCAAGAACAGAGAAAGAAGGAGAGACCGGAAGUUAGAAACCUUUCAACCCUCAGCUGUGUAACUUCAGAGUGUCAGCCUGGCUGUCUGACCACCUUUUCUGAAGCCAACAUGCCCACAAACAGCCAAGUAAAGCGGAAGCGGCUGCGCGAGGCAAAAGUAAAGCGCCGUGUACGCGUAGCUGAGUCGGACCGAGCACGCGAUGCAAGCCGAGCUCGGGACCUGGUCAGCAACAGCCGUGCACGAGACGAGGGGACGCGAAAGAAGCGAGCGGAGCGUCUCCAGGUAUCGAUGGGGGGAAGAAACUGCUGCGUGAUAAACUGCCGCCGCAGGUCUCAUGACCACCUCGGGAGGAAGAUCCCAAACGGACUAACUUUCCACUGCUUCCCCGCCUGGAGGACCCAUGAAGGGAAGCAGGUAUCCCAGCUAACAAAGCGCAGGAGGGCGGCCUGGGUGGAUGCGGUCGGCCGGAGCGACAUCACCUUCCACCACAUCUCGUCCUCCAUUAGAGUCUGCUCCAGACACUUUCACUCAGGUAAACCAGCUUAUGAAAUGCUGGAAUCAGAUCCAGACUGGGUCCCAUCACUGCACUUGGGUCACAAUGAAGGAACCUCAAGACGUCCCGAGCGUCUCUUCCAGUCUGUGGAGAAGGACAAAGACCAGAACAAAAAAUCCACCAAAACCAAAGACCAAAACCAAAGACGCCGCAAGCGUCCCCUCCAGUCUGUGCAGGAGGAUGGAGAGCAGAACCAAAGAUGCCCUGCAGAGAUGAGUUCUUCACAUGAGACAGAAUCAGCAGCAGCAGAAGGUAAACCAGCUUAUGACAUGCUGGCAUCAGAUCCAGACUGGGUCCCAUCACUGCCCCUGGGUCACAACGAAGGAACCUCAAGACGCCCCGAGGACAAAGACCAGAACAAAAAAUCCACCAAAUCCAAAGACCAAAACCAAAGACGCCGCAAGCGCCCCCUCCAGUCUGUGCAGGAGGACGGAGAGCAGAACCAAAGGCGCCCUGCAGAGAUGAGUCCUUCACAUGAGACAGAAUCAGCAGCAGCAGGAGGUGAAGAGAGGCCAGCAAUCCGUCCCUGGAGAGAAGUUAAAUCUCUGCUGCGGUCUGCUCUGCAGCGUCAAACCAACUUCAACAAGCAGCCUGUGAAGAAGACGGACCCCUGCUUCAGAGACUUCUUUAGAGACGCUCUGGAAGCUUCUCUGGAGGCCUCCAGCAGGUCCAGAGCUCUCUCAGCCCGACAGCCCUCCUCUGAGAAGUUCAGUGUGGAGCUGAGCUUUAAACUUCCACCUGUGAAGGAGGAGAAGCAGACCUGUGAGGAGUCCUUCUCCUCCUCCUCCUCCUCCUCCUCCUGUGAGAACUGUGUGAAGCUGCAGAGCAGGAUCAUGGAGCUGCAGGAGAAGCUGUCACAUCUCACAGGAGAACAGGAGGACUCAUUUGUCUUCAACAAGGCUCCCAUCCAACUAGAGCAGGAGCUGCAGAGUCCUGAGACAGCCCACACAGAGGAGAUAUACCCUGAAUGGAUGGAGCCUCUGUCGUCACUUCCUGAAGGUGAAGAUGACCCAGGCAUGGGCUCGUCCAAGUGUAAGCGUCGUCGUCGUGUGACUCGACGCUUCCAGAAGGCCUGGCUGAAGAUGUUCUGGUUUCUACGCUACUCGUCGACGCUGGAUCAGAUGUGGUGCCACGUCUGCCGCCUCCACUCAGACAAGUCCAUGAAAGGCAAAGGGUUAAUCAGAGGUUCCCGGGUGUUCAAGUUCCACAACAUCAGGAAUCACAGCCUCAGCCAGUACCAUAAAGCCAACGUGUCGCGCCACAUGCUGUAUAUGUGCAACCUGCAGAUGUGACACGUUUCGCUGCUCUCAGAGAUCCUCUACAAACUGAAGGUGUUCCACUACACUCUGCUUUAAUGGAAACAUUUAUGUCUGAUGACAUUUCUCCAUAAAAUGGUUCAAUAAGCUAUUUUCUUAAACUUAAUCUCCUCCUCCGUCAUGUAAAAAUCCACAAUCUGUAAAUAUUAGGGGUGAUGAAAAUCUAUACGGUGUAGUAUGGCAGUAUUUUGUAUGGAAACGCUGUAUCAAUACACAGAUGUCAAGUAUCUUUUUUUUUUUUUUUUGUAUAUAAAUCAUAAAUAUUGCAACAACAAAUUUAACUUUUGGUAAUAAAAAGAGUAAUAAAAUCCAUAGCUUUUUCGUUCCAAUAGAUGCAAUAAUAAAAAUUAUUGAAGAGAUUAAAAACUGUAUCUUAUAAGAUAAAAACUGACUGUCACGAAGAUUUUCCUUAAUGUGCAGUUGAAAAAAGGUCAUACAUCGCAAUUUAUUUGAUCUCAAUACUUAUAUAGCUAAACAUUUUAAUCAGAUAAUAUUGUAUCAUGAUGCCAUCGUAUCAGGGGGCCCUCUGGUGAUUCCCUCCCCUACCAAACAUUGGUGAUUUCUAAAGUUUAACUUCUGGACACAAGAUGCCUCCUGCUUCACUGUGAAGUCUGUGUUUCAUACUGCGCCCUGAUUGGCUCCAGACUAGUUGUGAUGUCAUAAAUCAUGCAAAUACAUAGAGGUGUUGAGGUGCAGCUGAUAUUUAGUAACUUUUAUUUAUUUUACUGCAGCAUAAACAUCUGCUCUGUGAAGCACGUCCUGUGUUCUCAUUUGAGAAAAUCCCAUAUUUUGUUUUCAUUCAUUCAUUUCUUUUCUUUUUUUACUAUAUAAAUUAUUAAUACACUGAACAAA